GAAGAACGGAAGAAAGAAAGAAAGAAAAAAUUGUUUUCUCGUGCAUCGUCGUCGUCGUCGUCGUCGUCGUCGCCGUCAGCCGUCAUUCUAGGGUUGUCGCGGCGGGCAUCGUAUUUACAGUUGUUUUUAUUACUUUGUACCCUAAAAAUACGGAAAAUAUACAUUUCCCCUCAGAGGAAACGUAUUCAAGUCAGAUUUUUACAAAAAAUAUCAAACAUCCCGUUUGAAGGAUGACAAUGGGAGAUGAGACUCCAGUUACAUCACUUGUUCUGCCCGUAAUAUUACGACCUAUACUGGCAAAGCUUGAAACGCAAAAUGUUGUUGCUGCUCAGACUUUGCGAACUGCUCUUUUCAGAGCCGAGAGCAGCUAUCCUGGUAUCACUCAUGAUCUUGUACUGGGAAUUGUACGGAGAGGAGAGUUGAGCUUGGAUAUGAAUGCAAGCGUAUUACGCUUGCAGGGAACCGCAUCCGACUGCGACGUUGUAGAAUAUCGUUCAGCACGCUCUGAAGAUGCUUUCCAGGAGCUCAACAGAAAGUCAACAGCUUUGAAAAGAAUACUGAGCAGAAUCCCUGAUGAAAUAACAGACCGUAAAACGUUUUUGGAAACAAUCAAAGAAAUUGCAAGUGCGAUUAAAAAGUUGUUGGAUGCUGUAAAUGAAGUGACAGGCUUCAUACCAGGAUCAGCUGGAAAACAAGCACUGGACCAGCGUAAGAGAGAAUUUGUCAAGUACAGCAAGAGAUUCAGUAAUACGCUCAAAGAGUAUUUUAAGGAAGGACAGGCAAAAGCAGUAUUUAUCAGUGCACUAUUUUUGAUCCGUCAGACCAACAUGAUAAUGGUUACUGUAAAAAACAAGUGCGAAUAAUGAGGAAAGGACGAGAGAGAGACCGAUUAACCGAGUAUACUGAAAAAAAGACAAUAGGACAUAAGAACGAAACGUCAUCAGUUUGAAGUUAUUAUCAGCGGUAAUAAAUAUUUAAGAGUUAUUUUAGAGAAACGAUUGCGAUUGUGGAACAACGAUCGUGUUAAACAAUAAUUGUUAUACUUUUCCUCGCCAAGAGAUUCAAUACGUUUCUCAAUUGAAUAAUAAUAAAAAAAAUUGCCACAUUACAUCAUAGAAAAAAAUUGUCUCUAUGAGCAAUGACAAAUCAUAUAGCGAUAUAUAAUAUGGGUCAACAGUUCUUUUUUAUUGAUGGAGUAACAAGUAAUGAAUUAUUGCUAAGAUUGUAUUCUCUCGUUGAGAAAAUCACGAUAUUUGAUACGUCGACUCGAAUGACCCUAGCGGAUUGUACGACCAGGCAUCGGUCAAAAAAAGUACAAAAACGACCGAAGUUGGUCGUUUUUCGGUUCUUUUCGACCAAUUUCGGUCGUCUUUGUACUUUUUUAGACCAAUGCCUGGUCGUACAAUCCGCUAGGGGACACAUUGUUUUUUGUUUUUUGUCUUUCCUAUUGUUUCUCUUUUCUAUACAACAUGAAUGAUGAACAUAAUUGUUGUUGUUGUUAAGUUUUAUCAUAACUAUCCAAUCGUAUCGCAAUAUAUAGAAGAAAUAAAAAUGAUUUUAUUGAAAA